AUGGGUACGAUCAUUUUCGUGGUAAUUUUUCUUAUCUUUACAAAUAUUGUCGCUGAUAAUCCUGAAUGCGAGAAAGAAUCGUUUUGUGAAUGCUCGAAAAAUGAAAAUAAUACAUAUGCUUAUUACGUUUCAAACAAAGGUGUGAAGUUUGGAAUAAACGUGAAAUCAUUCUUAACAAGUCAGAUCAAGUGUGAAAAUGUUAGUUGGAAAGAUUUUGAUUUUACGAAAGAACAAAACAUCUAUAAAGUCGAUUCAGUUGAUUUUGAAAAUUGCCUGUUACCAGAAGAAACUACAUUAAAAGAUAUUGUAAAUAAAUUAGGAAUGAUUGAAAUACAUAGACUAAGCUUUCAAUCUCAUAAAAAUCUUAGCAAAAGUCUAACAACGGAACAUUUUCAAGGAUUUUCAAAUGUGAUCGAAUUAGUUUUAUCCUAUAACGGUUUAACUAAUAUACCAUCUGAUUUCUUUAUAAUUUUUCCUUAUCUAACAUCUCUUGAUUUGUCUGAAAAUUCUCUUGUUUUAAGCCAAAAUACUUUUAAUAUAGCUUGGAAUCUUCAGAAACUUGAUUUACAUGGAAAUGGAAUAACAGAACUUCCCUUUGAUAAUAAAGAAAAUUUAACAUCAUUGCAUGAUGUAUUUAUAACGGAUUUAAAAAAUCUUGAAGAAGUUCAUAUGAGAAACAAUAAAUUAAAGUUUAUACCAGACAAAUUUUUCACGGGUACAACAUCUGUAAAAUUCAUCGAUUGGAGUGAGAAUAUUUUUGAAGAAAUAAAAGAAACGACCUUUGUAGAUGUAUUUAAUACUAUAUAUCUUAACAUUAGUCAUAAUAGGAUAAAGGAGCUUCCUGAUUUAGUUUUUCAAUAUUUUCAAAAUUUAGAAGUACUCGACUUGUCUUAUAAUCGUCUUGAUAACAUACAAAGGAAACUAUUUUACGGUUUGACAUCGUUAAAAGAACUUAACAUGGAAGGAAAUAUUUUGUAUCAUAUCCAUAGUGAAGCAUUUUCAACCAAUGAACAACUAUCCGUCGCUAAGUUCUCAGAUAAUCAUCUAGAUUUUGAUACUACAUUGAAUAUGAUGUCACCUUUUUUUAAUAAUCAUCUUCUUAAAGAGUUGCAUUUAUCGAACAAUACAAUUAAACAUUUUUAUUCUGAUUGGACUACAAAUAAACUAGAGUUAGAAUUAUUGGAUUUACGUCACAAUGACAUAAGUACAAUAUCGGCGAAUUAUUUUGUUUUUUCGUCGGAUAACUUGUUAGUAGAUCUAAGAUAUAACAACAUAAAAAAUAUUUUAUUAGCUAAUAUCGAAAAACUGGCACUAUAUAAUACUGAAAAACGUAAUGUUACUGUCCACGUUGAAAACAAUCCCUUAAUAUGCGAUUGUCACCUAUAUAACCUUGUGCGUUAUUCUAACGGUGAUAUGCCCGUUACUGUUUAUAAUUUGUUUGAACUUAGAUUUGGAAACUUAACGUGUGUUUAUCCUGAUGGAAUACAAAAGGCACAAAUUAAUCAGCUGGAUUUUCAAACCUACCAUUGUCUCGAGAAAGACUACUUUAAAAUUGUAGAUAAGCAUCCAAAUUUAUGUACUUCUAACAUAAGACCGUAUGAUAAAAGACGAGUUAUAGAUUGUUCGUACAAAUUGAUGUUUGAAUUAAAAAUCAACAAGAAUACAAUAAAUUUGAAGGGAAAUUAUCCAUUAAUAUUGAAUCUCACAGGGAAUUAUUUAAGGGAAAUACCAUCACUUCAUUAUUUAAAACCACUUAACUCAGUACAUUUAUUGUUAUCUAACAACGAGAUUUCUAAAAUAUCGUUGGACAGAUUAACAAAUAAUAUUCAAGUAUUAGAAUUACAUAAUAAUCAUCUAGUAAAGUUGAAUUACGACAUAAUUUUCUACUGGUAUGUUCAUAGUUACAAAAAAUUAACUUUGAGCGGGAAUCCAUUUAAAUGUGAUUGCGAUGCUACAGUGUUCAUUAAAUUUGUUUUGAAUACCCAAGAUUCUUAUGAGGAUCUAAAAAAUGUGAAGUGUCAAGGCUACGUCACUCCUCUAGCUAAAAUGAGCGAUUAUGAUUAUUUGAUUCUAUGUUUUAAAAAAUAUACUGAAAAAAUAAUAUAA